UGCGCGGGAAAGAUGUUGCGCGUAGCUGUGCUGUCUGUGCUUGUGAGUGUGGCGGUAGGGAGUAUCGUUCAAAUUAAUGAAACGAAAUUUGCAUCAUUGCCGCCUCUAUACGGGCUGGACGAGUGGUCACAAUGUCAGAAUGAAGGCGACGUAUACUGCAUCGUGGAUGCUGUUCUCGUCUCAAACGCACCUUCGCCCACCCUGAAGUUAUUACAGGAUUACUCACAGGAGACACUAAAACACUACAACCGCACUAUGGUACACCGAGGCACCUGCGUCUCCAGGUGUAUGGAGGAGCUGGGUGUGAGUGAUCACCAGCUGGCCGCUCAAGCGUGUAUCAAUAACAGCUUGAUCAAAUAUGGACUACAGGCGGAGGUGAUAUCAGUAAACUGGUGUAGCACGGUAGGGGAGUCGGCUAUCACCGACGCCAGCUCAGCCCGGGCCUUAGCUGUAGUUUGUGUUGUGCUGGUUGCCCUGGCUUUCCUUGCCACUGUGCUGCAUGUAAUCGGAGACCGCUGCGCUAAAGUGGACAACAACAAAUACCUCCUGGCAUUUUCGCUGAAGCGCAAUUGGUCAAUCCUGACUUACAACAGGUCCAAGCCCAGGAGCGACGAUAGAAUGAAGGACCUCACAGCCAUUGAGGGUAUCAGAGUGAUGGGCAUGCUGUGCGUCAUCUUCUCCCACGUGUUGUUCAUCAACAUUUAUUCUUUCACUGACAACCCCCAGUUUAUUGAAAAGAUGUAUGACCAAUUCGGUUGGCAAGUUGUGCUGAACUCGCCCGUGUGGUUGCAAGCGUUUUUCGCGAUGUCAGGCUUCCUCACCGCCUACGUCAUCCUCAUCACAGCUGACACCAAGCCCAUGACUGUGCUAAAGUGUUUCAUGAGCGUCAUCAAUAGAUAUAUCAGGAUAACCCCGGUGGCCGGCAUAGCGCUCUGGGUGACAGUGACCUGGUACCCGGGCCUGGGUUCGGGCCCGCAGUGGGCGUGGCUGGUGACGCGCGAAGCCCGGGACUGCUCCCAGCGCUGGUGGUACCACCUGCUGUACGUACACAACCACCUCGAGAUGGGGAAGUUCUGUAUGGGGCAUACCUGGUAUCUAGCAGCAGACUUCCAACUCCACAUCAUAGGUAUCCUGGUGAUGUUCCUCCUGGUAAGAUGUCGGAAGGCGGCACUACCAUUGCUGAUUGUCCUCGUGUUGGGAUCAGGAGCGGCCGCUGGGAUAAUCGCGUACUUCUACGACAUCAAGCCCAUUGUGACAGCUCAGUCACCUGAGACUCUUCGCACCAUGUUCCUGAACAACAGGACCCUGACGAUGCUGUACCUCCCGAGCUGGACGAACCUGCCGGGCUACCUCGGGGGGGUCUCCGUGGCCUUCAUACUGCACCAAGUGCAGGUCACGGGAGUCAAGCUGAACCAGAUGAGGUGGUUCAACCUCCUCUUCCACUCGUCGAUAACGUUAGCCUCGAUCGUGGUGUUUGCGGGAUUUGUGUUCCUGACAGACAGACAAGUGCCGUCGUGGUCGGCGGCUGUGUACGCCGCCCUCGACAGGACUCUGGUGGCGAGCUGCUUUGCUCUGUUCAUGCUGGGAUGCUUCACACAUUGCAAAUCCGGUCUCCGCAGCAUUUUGGAGUGGCGUGGUUUUCACACGCUGGGCAGACUGUCUUACUGCGUUUUUGUCAUACACUUUAUGAUUCUCCGCCUCACUUUAGCUGGCAACACUCAACUCGGACACGUUUCUAUUUACUCUAUGAUAUCCCUUUUAAUAACGGUAUCAGUACUGUCAUACCUCAUCGCCAUACCAGUCUGCCUUCUCAUUGAGUUACCGGCCAUAGAGCUGUGGAAGGCUCUGACCACCUCUGAGAGGCCAUCGCCAGUGUCCACGCCUUCUCCAAGACCCUCGUUACCAGCUUUACCCACGUUAAAGCCUAUGGACUUAUUAGCCCAUAUCAGGAGACGAAAUGAAGUUUAGAUUAAUAUUGGUUACAUUAUUUUAGUUUUAAUCAGUCAAUAUUAAGUUUAGAAAUUCUUCUUUUACUAAUUAAGUGUUCGAGUGACAGAGUAAAAGAGUGACCGAUUACCUGAGUGAAAGAGUAACUGAGCGACUGAGCAAAAGAGUAACUGAGUCACAGUGACCAAUAGCUGUUCGUCUUCUCAUCGAACUACCUACAAUAGAUCUAUAGUGAGUUGUGGAAGACUCUGACCACCCCUGAGAGACCAUCGCCACCUCCACGUCUUCUCCGAGAUCCUCAUUACCAGCGUUACCCACGUUAAAGCCUAUGGAGUUGUAAGCCGAUAUUGGAAGACAAAAUUAAAUUUAAAUUAAUGUAAUUUUGUUUUGAUCAGUCAAUCACAAUACGAAGUAGAAGUCAACUUUUCUUAUUGAGUUACUGAAACUGAGUGAAUAAGCAAUAGGAUUAAGGUUUUCUAAGCCUUCCAAUCCUUAUUUAAUAUAAAGUGUUGAAUAAAUAACUUUUCCAUUACUUAUAAAAUGAUCGAGUGACUGAGUAAAAGAGUGGCUGAAUAACUGAGUGACUGAGCAAAUGAGUGAUUGAAUUACAGUGAGCAAUACCUGUUUAAUUUCAGUGUUAAGGCGAGUCGUAUUUUUUUAAGGAGCUUUAAGUGAUGUAAAUAAAUAGGACGUAGGUGACAGGGAAUUAAAAUAUCGAAUUUAUAAUUUUUUGUUUAAUUUACUUAAUAAAGUCAGAUAAUAAAUUUAAAAAAUUAGUAACGGUAUCGUUUUAAGAAGAAAUAUUUUACAGCUGUAUAAUAUGAACACAUUAAUAUUUUGUUUCUCUCACUCAAUAUGUUCUCUCUUUCAUUCCGUCCUACUGUCAUAUAUAUGACUUCUUAAAGCGUUACUGUAUUAAUAUUUAACAAUAUACUUAUUUCUAAGAU